CGCAGAUCGAUCGCAGCAACCCGCAGAAGAUCAAGUGGUUCGUCGCUUAUUCACGCGUUGAGCUUACUCGUGGUCGGAUCGUUGGUUGUUUCGCGGCGCGGUUUUUCGCCUGGCUCGGUUGCGAAUCAUAGCGGCAGCGUGCUUGCGUUUGGGACGACGGUUGAAACGAUGCGUAUUGAUAAGUUUUUCUGCGUGGCGGCGGUGGGAGGGAUCCUUGCGAUGGCUGGAGCCGUUUUCGCACUGUUUUGGGGUGAUAUCCUGGAUGCGAUUAUUGUGAAGGAAAAGAUCCUCUCGCCGACGUCGAGAGCGUUUAAACUGUGGAGGCGUCCUCCGGUACCGGUGCAGUGGAGAAUUACGCUUUUUAACUGGACGAAUGCGGAAGCCUUCCUGGCGAACAAGGUCAGCAAGCCGACUUUCUCCGAAGUCGGACCUUUUCUGUACUCAGAGAUCCUCGAGAAGGUGGAUGCUCGGUUUAACACGAAGAACUCCACUAUCAGCUACCGCAGGCGUAGUUAUUUCGCUCCGGACGACCUCCUGGACGAGACCCUCCUUACGCGCAGCGUUACCAACCUGAACGUAGUGGCCUUAACUGCCGCAAACCGCGGUAAAACGGAAGGCUACGGUGCUGAACGGGGCAUAUCCUUCGCCCUGUACAACUUGGAUCAGAAAGUCCUAGUGACGCAACAAGCGGGCGAACUACUGUUCGACGGCUACCCCGAACCGAUGAUCCAGGAGAUGUUGGACGUUCUGGGGACCACUCCACAGAAUGGUCUGGACGUGGAGGACCGUUUCGGCUGGUUCCGAGCUGUCAACGGGUCCAAGAAGUUCCACGGGUUCUUCAACAUGAACUCCGGCAAGGAGGACGCCAGCCGGUACGGGUUGAUUCGGCAGUGGAACUACAGGGAUCGAGCGGUUCGAACUCAAGGUGAGUGUGGACUGUACGAAGGGUUCACCGGGGAGCUGUUUCCGACGAAGAUCCGCCACGAUCAGACGCUGAGAAUUUUUCUGAUGGAACUGUGUCGAGCGGUGAGUUUCGAGUUUGAACGAGAAGAAGAGGUUCACGGGGUUCUGGGCUAUCGAUUUGUGGCGAAUGGGCGAACCAUGGAUGAUGUGUGCGUCGAGGAUAGGGAGGCGCUUCCAAGAGGCGCGAUCAACGUGACGCAAUGUAAGGACGGUGCUCCGCUUUUUGCGUCGUUUCCGCAUUUCUUGUCGGCAGAUGAAUAUUACAGAGGGGCGAUCGAGGGAAUGAGUCCAGAUGGAGAACGGCAUCAGUCGUUUGUGACCAUCGAGCCUAAGACCGGGACGGUUCUGAGGUCAUCGCUCAAGUUGCAGAUCAACGCUUUGCUGCAGCGUUACAACGGCGUAGCAUUAUACCAAGACGCCCCUCGGUCAUUCGUACCCCUGCUGUGGUACUCGAAAAGUUUCGAUCUUCCGCUAGAGGAAGCGGUCAAGCUGCGAAGUCUCUUGGAUGUUUCCCAACUGGGUUAUCUGGGAGGAUUUGCGGUGGCCGCGUUCGGGUUGUUGGUGGCGUUAUUGGCGAUGGGGCUGAGGUGUGCCAUUCGGAGCACGCAGAAGAAGAGUAGAGGCGAAGGUCCAAGGCCGGUGGCCAAUGGGGACACUCGGGGGGAGUAUGAGUUUGUGCAGAACGAGCAGAACAAGGAUAAGGAUCGAAUAAAGUUGUGAUGGGUAAAGA